GGGUCUCAUUCUCGCCCAGGCUGGAUGAAGUGCAGUGGCGCAAUCAUGGCUCACUGCAGCCUUGACCAGACUCAGGUGAUCCUUCCACCUCAGCAUCCUGGGUAGCCAAGACUACAGGCCCAGCUCAAUUUUGUUUUUGUAUUUUUUGUAGAGAUGGGGUUUCGUCACGUUGCCCAGGCUGAUCUCAAAUUCCUGUGGUCAAGCGAGCUGCCCACCUCAGCCUCUCAAAGUACUGGGAUUACAGGUGUGAGCUACCACGCCUAUUAUACUUUCUAAUGAAAAAAUGAAACCACAUCGUUUUUGCAUCUAUUACAUGUCACCAGAAGAAAUGAUUAUCUUUUUUUUUUUAACUUGACAAUGUAGUUUGCACAAUUUCCCAUGGUAUAAAAAUAGAAGGCUACAAACCUAUACCAGGAAUAGGUACCUUAAAAAAAAAUUGAAGACUACAACACCAUUUUAAUAGCUACCUGGUAUUUCUGUGUCUAUACUACAUGGACCAUAAUUUAUUUAACCAAUCCCAUAUUGCAAGAUAUUUAGAUCUUUGUUUCCAGUGUUCCACUUUUAUCAAUAAUUGCUAUGUAGAACAUAAAUUUUUAUGCAUGUCCGGCCUAGAUUUCUGGAAGCAGUAUUACUGGGUCAAAGUGCAAGGCUGUGAGGAAGGGAGUUUUGUAGACAGCUUCCCUCUAAUAAGAAAUUCUCCUGGGAAGGUGCAGAGGUAAAAAUAAACAAGCUAUUUAUUGGCAUAUUUGCUUGGCAGAAAUAUGAAAAAAUGAGGUUACUAAAAAUAGACAACCAGGUUUGGAAGUUUGUAUUUGAAACAAUGAACAAUAGUGAGCCAUUUGUUGAUUUUCUUUUUUUAGAGACAGGCUUUAGCUCUAUCCCCAGGCUGGAGUACAGUGGAGCAAUCAUGGCUCACUGCAGCCUCCACCUCAUGGGCUCAAGAUUCCCUCCUUCAUCCUUCCCAAGUAAGCUGGGACCAUAGGCACGCGCCACGAUGGCCGGCUAUUUUUUUUUUCUUUUUGUAGACUGGGUCUCACUAUGUUGCCCAGGCUGGCCUUGAACUCCUGGCCACAAAUGAUCCUCCUCCUCGGCCUCCCACAGUGCUGGAAUUACAGUCGUAAGCCACCGUGCCCAGCUCACUUGUGGGUUCAGCACUAAAUGCUGUUAGAGGAGGAUUCUUCAGCAGAUCAACUACCGGAAGAGGCAUAGGUGUUUUUUUGUUUGGUUGCUUGAUUGUUUUUUGUGUGUGUGUGUGACGGAGUUUCGCUCUUGUAGCCCAGGCUGGAGUGCAGUGGCGUGAUCUCGGCUCAAUGCAACCUCCGCCUCCCGGGUUCAAGCGAUUCUCUUGCCUCAGCCUCUCGAGUGGCUGGGAUUACAGGCGCAUGCCACCACACUCGGCUUUUUUUUUUUUAGUGACGGGGUUUCACUGUGUUGGCCAGGCUGGUCUCGAACUCUGACCUCAGGUGAUCCACCCGCCUUGGCCUCCCAAAGUGCUGGGAUUACAGGCGUGAGCCACCGCGCCCGGCCAAUUUUUUAAAAAAAUGAUUCCGUCACAUUCUGAGAGAACGCAGGUAAAAUCAAUCAAUAAAUAAAGAUCCCGAUUUUCCAGGCUGGAUAACCCAGAAACCACGGAAUCCUAAAGUCUCAAUAAACGUUAAAGCACAGAUAGUAAGUAAUCUGGCAAUAGAGGAUGGGCGCCCAGCAGACCGCCUACAUAAUCAGUGGAGCCGAGUGCAAGAUGAAAAUACCAGGCACUUGCUUUAAAAUUACUAAUAAUUUCAAGACCGUUAACACUAGAACAUUAAACCAAGCAUUCAGGACCCUUCUAAGCGCAGAGGCCAUCAAAGCUAGCCCUGGUGACAAGCUCAGGUCUCCGGAUCUAGAGACUAGGAGACGUCGCCCGAAAGCUGGUCAAACCCUCGCCCUCACUGGGAGAGGCCCCAGGAGAGCCCAAGAAGGCCAUGAGCCCUCGCUCCCAUCCCUGCCCUCAGGAGCGGGCGGAGGGAAGCUCGCAGCUUUCCCAAGGAAGUGCAGGCUGCAGGGACUGAAGUUCAGCUCGGACCCUGAGCCUCUGAGCCCGAGACAGCAAGGUCAUUCAACCCACACGUCCCCACCCAGCCAGAGCGAGGAUCAGAGAUGUGGCAAGUCCCGGCCUUGGACUCAGGCUUGUUACUCAUAAACCCGCAGGAGGGUGCAGGAGGGGGCAGGAGGCGGCGAGCGCGCACCCUGGACCCGCGGCCGGGGGCGGAGAGGCACCACGAGGACAGAGGGACUAGGGAAGGUCUGCAAAUCCCGGAGGGCCAAGGGAGCGUCUAAGGGGACAGCGGAACCGGAAAAGCUUUGAGAGAAAGACGCGUGUAUUAGGGAACGUCUGCAAAGACCGCGGCGGAAAACCAGGGAUUGUCUUAAAAAAUUGCCAGACCGGAUAAAGGGAGGUCUAAAGGGGGACCGUCCCAAGAGCAAGGCUUCCAAAAGCUAAGCCCGGAAGGACGGUGUGGAGGUCUACUGGGACGCCGGGCGCCCCUUAGGGCAGAACCGACUGGAGCUGCGGCCAGCGACAGAAGAACGGCUCCAGCUGGACAGGGGAAGCAGUGGGGAGAAAGAGGAGGCCCUUGGGCACUGUCUGAAAAGUGCGAUGCCAAAUGAUCUUUAGGGACAGACAGUAAAUUAUAUCCCUUGCUAAAAUACCUCUCGGUAGCGAAGCACCAAACGUUUCUUUUUUAAGCCCCGCCUCUCAGCCGUUACGUCUAGUUCGGCUGUCUCUGAUCCAGGAAGCUGCCAGUUCCCACUUACUUCUCCCCAACAAGAGCUAACAGCCCUCCUUGGGUGUGCACUUUCUCCUCCCCUCAGGCACCUCGCGCAUUCUCCCGCCUACCUAUCAAUCAUCGUGCUCCGCUGUCCAGUUGGCUGGCCAAGGGGGCGGGGCCGUCGUGUGACGUUUGCAGCCCGCCGGCCAGGAAGCCGCGAGAUGCGUGACGAGCGAAGCGCGUGACGGAGGAGCGGUUGGCUAACGCAGUGGCCGCAGUCGGUGUAAACAAGGCCUCGCGCCGCUGCGGGUCCUGCGACCGCUCCUGGCUGGUGGGUGGUCUCGCGUGGGGCGGUAACCGCCGGCUUCAGUGGGAGGUGCUUCUCGGCUUCCUCCCCCUCAUGGCGUACACACCCCCGGCGCACCACGUGGGCGUGAGGCAAGGAAGGAGGGGUGUUAGGCCAAAUUCUAUUUUCAUUGGCUGUCACUGCUGCCGGCCUUUGUAAGGGGGCGCUGUGAUUGGUCGAUAAGGUGGGGGCGUCGAGGGUCUUUGAGUCCUAAGGCUUCUAAUUGGUUAGAUGAGAUAAGGUAGUGAAGCGCUUUCUUCCGCGAGGGAUUUCGAUUGGUCGGUCAGAGAGGUUACCUGGAAAUCCAACACCGCCCAACACCCCACCCGCUCCCCAGUCCGGGGACUUCGAUAGGAUUGGAGAAGGUUUGUGUUCCCGACGCCUUGGUAGUUGGCAUAGGCUAAAGAAAAGGGAUCUCAGCCCCGAGGAAGGGUCACCCUCCUAGAGAUAGCUACUACCCCGUCUCAGGAGACCCUAGUAUUUCUAGAGCACGCUUUGCUUUCACCAAACCCAAGGAGGUGACAGGAGGAGCCCCCGCACAGGACCUAAGGAUGCUGUGACCAGAAGAUGGGAUCGCGGAACAGCAGCAGUGCAGGAUCCGGGUCCGGAGACCCCUCCGAGGGCUUGCCCCGAAGAGGGGCUGGCCUGCGUCGGAGUGAGGAAGAGGAAGAAGAGGAUGAAGAUGUGGAUCUGGCCCAGGUACUGGCCUAUCUCCUCCGCAGAGGCCAAGUGAGGUUGGUGCAGGGAGGAGGUGCAGCAAAUUUACAAUUCAUUCAGGCCCUCUUGGACUCAGAGGAAGAGAAUGACAGAGCUUGGGAUGGUCGUCUUGGGGAUCGAUACAACCCACCUGUGGAUGCUACCCCUGACACCCGGGAGCUGGAAUUCAAUGAGAUCAAGACACAAGUGGAACUGGCCACAGGGCAGCUGGGGCUUAGGCGGGCCGCCCAGAAGCACAGCUUUCCUCGAAUGUUGCACCAGAGAGAACGGGGCCUCUGCCAUCGGGGAAGCUUCUCCCUUGGAGAACAGUCUCGAGUGAUAUCUCACUUCUUGCCCAAUGAUCUGGGCUUCACUGAUAGCUACUCUCAGAAGGCUUUCUGUGGCAUCUACAGCAAAGAUGGUCAAAUAUUCAUGUCUGCUUGCCAAGACCAGACAAUCCGACUGUAUGACUGCCGGUAUGGCCGUUUCCGUAAAUUCAAGAGCAUCAAGGCCCGCGAUGUAGGCUGGAGCGUCUUGGAUGUGGCCUUCACCCCUGAUGGGAACCACUUCCUCUACUCUAGCUGGUCUGAUUACAUUCAUAUCUGCAAUAUCUAUGGUGAGGGAGAUACACACACUGCCCUGGAUCUCAGGCCAGAUGAGCGUCGCUUUGCUGUCUUCUCCAUUGCUGUCUCCUCAGAUGGACGAGAAGUACUAGGAGGGGCCAAUGACGGCUGCCUGUAUGUCUUUGACCGAGAACAGAACCGGCGCACCCUUCAGAUUGAGUCCCAUGAGGAUGAUGUGAAUGCAGUGGCCUUUGCUGAUAUAAGCUCCCAAAUCCUGUUCUCUGGGGGAGACGAUGCCAUCUGCAAAGUGUGGGAUCGACGCACCAUGCGCGAGGAUGACCCCAAGCCUGUGGGUGCACUGGCUGGACACCAGGAUGGCAUCACCUUCAUUGACAGCAAGGGUGAUGCCCGGUAUCUGAUCUCCAACUCUAAAGACCAGACCAUCAAACUCUGGGAUAUCCGACGCUUUUCCAGCCGGGAAGGCAUGGAAGCUUCACGCCAGGCUGCCACACAGCAAAACUGGGACUAUCGGUGGCAGCAAGUGCCCAAAAAAGCCUGGCGGAAGCUGAAGCUCCCAGGGGACAGCUCCUUGAUGACCUACCGGGGCCACGGAGUGCUGCACACCCUCAUCCGCUGCCGGUUCUCCCCCAUUCAUAGCACCGGCCAGCAGUUCAUCUACAGUGGCUGCUCCACUGGCAAAGUGGUUGUGUACGACCUUCUAAGUGGCCACAUUGUGAAGAAGCUGACCAACCACAAGGCCUGUGUGCGUGACGUCAGUUGGCACCCCUUUGAAGAGAAGAUUGUCAGCAGUUCGUGGGACGGGAACCUGCGUCUGUGGCAGUACCGCCAGGCUGAGUACUUCCAGGAUGACAUGCCAGAAUCUGAGGAAUGUGCCAGCGCCCCUGCCCCAGUGCCCCAAUCCUCUACACCCUUUUCCUCACCCCAGUAGAUCCAACCUCCAGCCCCAUAUAGGGUGAACCUCUUGAUAAGCUCUCUGCCUCCUCCUCCCUUUCUCCCUUGUGGGGAAUGUUUGGAGGAAUCACUGGCAUUUGAUGGGGAGAAACAUAAGCCUGGGCUCUGAGCCUCAGCUGAGCCCUGGAAGAUUCUCCCCAUGGGGCAGAGUGGUCUCCUUACGUGCUCACACCCAGUCAGCUUGGGUCCCUAUCUCUGGCCAGAGUUUGGCAGGACUGCCAUUAUCUGGGGUGUGACCUCUGCCAGCAAGAGAAGUGUCCUGGGUGUUUUUAAUCAUGUUUGAAUGUUAGGGGUUGGGUCCUAGAGUAGAUGCCUGAGGCCACAUCUGAACAGACCUGUCAGCCAGGCCUGCCAGGUCUUCACGUUGAGGAUUCAACUGGCCAAUCACAGGACAGGUGUCCUGGCCUUUCUUCCUGAGGUCUCUAGGGGAGGGGCAUGGGUAAGGGUGUUUCCUCAGCACCCUCCUGGGGUGGGGAUUAUGUCUGCUGUCAUGUCUGGGUCUUUAGGGUAGGACAGGCUGUGGUAUGAGAGGCAGGAGUCUCCACAAGGCUUCAUGUGGCCCCUUAUAGGGCAGGCCCUGCCCUCUGGGAAGGUCCCUUCAUGCUGGAGGCACACAGCUUUAAGGAAGUAGGUUGAAGUAGGACUCCUUCGUCCUCUCACUGGCUUUGGCUCCCUCAAUAAACUGUGUGGGAACCUG